CCUUAGGGUCUUUAAUGCUGAGCACCAUGGUGGCUGCGGAGGCUGCUCUUCCGAUAUCAAUCGGACCGAUGUCCAGGAGAGCUGAAUAUAGCUACAUGUAUCGUGAGUAUAACGCAUCAAUUGGCGGAAACGAUACGAAAUUUCUUCCGAGGUUUUUAUACAUCUAUGGUAGAUGUUUGGUGUCCGAGAUCAGCGAUAUAUCGCUUCACGAUAAGCAUCCAGGCCAACGCAAAAGGCAGCAUUUUAACAUUGAAGUUGAAUUCGGGCAUGAAAAGUCUUGCUUAGCCAUCAGAUUGAUACAACAAAUACCUACGGGGAAUAUAUGGUUGUUCUAAUGGGCAAUGCAAAGUCGAUCGUUAUGGCAGUUCUUGCCCUGGCCGGCGGGUCGCUGGCCCAGCAAUCAGCUUGGGGUCAAUGUGGAGGCAUUGGCUGGACCGGCUCGACGACUUGCGUAGCGGGUUACAUCUGCAGCAAAGUCAACGACUAUUAUUCGCAAUGCGUAACGGGCGGCGGUUACUCAAGAAUCGAAGUAUCCACAACUACCAGUCAGACCACUACUACAUCAAGUGCAGCUUCGUCGACAAGCACCUCGUCGUCAGGAAAAGUCAACUUUGCCGGAGUGAACAUCGCCGGGUUUGAUUUUGGCAUGGCCACAACCGGCGUGCAAGAUCUGUCCCAGGUUGUGGACGAGUCAGUUGAUGGUGUCACACAGAUCAAGCAUUUCGUCAACGAUGAUAAAUUCAACAUUUUUCGCUUGCCAACUGGCUGGCAAUUCCUUCUUGCUGGUAAUCUUGGUGGUACUCUCGACUUGACCAACUUCGGCAAGUAUGACACGCUAGUCCAGGGCUGUCUAGCGACUGGUUCCCAUUGUAUUAUCGACAUUCACAAUUAUGCCCGUUGGGAGUCUGGAAUCAUUGGACAGGGUGGGCCGACGGAUGACCAGUUUGUGAAUCUGUGGACCCAGCUGGCGACCAAGUACAAGUACCAGAGCCGUGUCGUCUUCGGCAUCAUGAACGAACCGCACGACCUUAUGCUUUCGACCUGGGUCGCUACAGUGCAGAAGGUUGUGGCUGCCAUACGUGGUGCGGGCGCCACGUCCCAGAUGAUCCUGUUGCCGGGAACGGACUAUACUUCCGCUGGUAAUUUCAUCAGCAACGGCUCAGGCGCGGCGCUCAUGGCCGUUACAAACCCCGAUGGUACGACUACUAAUUUGAUAUUCGAUAUGCACAAAUACUUGGAUUCAGACAACAGCGGGUCGCAUGUGGAGUGUGUCACCGACAACAUUGACGCAACAUUUGCACCUUUGGCCACAUGGCUCCGCACGAAUAGGCGCCAGGCAUUCCUCAGUGAAACAGGUGGUGGGAACGUUGCAAGUUGCGGCACUUACAUGUGUCAGCAGCUUGCUUAUAUCAAUCAAAACAACGAUGUUUACCUUGGCUGGACCUCAUGGAGUGCUGGCGGAUUCGCGGCGUCCUGGAACUACAUAUUGACUGAGGUACCGAAUGGUUCGAACGACCAGUAUCUUGUUCGACAGUGUUUCGUUCCUGCAUGGACAUCUUGA